AUGGAGAAAAGUGUAAAAUCGAAAGAACAAUUUCCUAGAAAGAUUCAAGUGUGCCUUCAAAAUUUGGCGUUUCGUAAAUUGAAGAGAUGUACUUGUGUACAAGGAAACGACAGCAUAAACUCUAAUGUAACGGUCGAUACGCUAGAUCGAAUCAAUUCGAAUUCAAAAUCGUUGAGCCUCGAAAGCAAUUACAAUGAAUUUAGCGCGAGUAAGGAAAGAGUAGAUCUUUUGCAGGAUUUUAGACCUCAAGAUUUACAAAUUAAUAUUCGAAGUCGAUAUAUAGAAUCACGAGAAACAAACGAGGAAUACGUUAAUCAAAAAGAGAACGGUCACGUGACCGAAACUAGAAUCGUAACGAAUAUAAAAAUGCUUUCUAGAAACGGUCGAUUAUCUUUGCCGAUUUUGCGAGAUGAAUCUGCAGAAGCUACAUCUCUUGCAAAAAUAAGUGAUGAUCAAAAAGACAGUGAUGUCACGAUUAAUGGAAUUAAUCGGAGAAUAUCAAAGAAGAAAAUAUCGAAGGAGGGUUUCCUUUUAGAUGAUAACAAUCGAGAAGAAGUUCAGGAGAAGGAAAAUGAGGAAACCAGAGACACGACGAAAUUAAUAUCGCAAGAUAUCUCGAGGAUCGAGGAAACGUUAAGGAGUAGUAAUCCGAUUAUCACCGAGGAACAAUCGACCGAUACGCGCGAUAAUUUGAAAAGAGGCUCGGACGUGAAACAUUUUAUGGAAGAUAAAAGUACGAUCGAUGCAUCGAUUGAGCAUAUUUCUAAGCGAGCAGACUCUUUCGAAGGUUCCACGGUUGAUUGGAAAUUUUCCGAAGCGUGCCUUUCCUCUGAGAAAAAAGAUUAUGAUAUAAUAUCCACGCGGUUUAUCGUUCAAAUUGGACAUAAUGCGAAGAACAAAAAGAUUCCCGCAUAUGGAAAGAGGCAUUUCCAUUUAAACCAGUAUACACUUACAUACCAUAUACAUACGGAAGAAAAAUGGAAUACUGGAUAA